CCAACCUAAGCUGAGUUUAUUUGCACAGAGCGGAAAUCGUGUUCGGACGUAAUCAGCCGUAUCCCCGGGAGUCGGAGUGAACGAACGCCAUCGAGCGUGAAAUUAUCGACAGUGAAAAGUGUGUAAUUUAUUUCAAUUAAAUCGAAAAGAAGAACUCAAAGAAAGAAGCACAUUUUAGCAAGAAUAUUCGAAGCAACAAGUACGAAAUUACAGUGCAAAAGAUUUAUUUGAGUUAAAGUAGUGAAAAAAUAGAAAUAUCCUUUAAACACAUCCUUGUGCAGGGUUCUGUGUGAGAGAAAAGAAAAGAAUUUGCUACUUUUUCUGCCUAAGCAAUGGCCGUUGUACCGUCGUCUACGAAUCUUAACGAUUGGGAUUAUUGGGAUUAUCGGCGACGCCUUUGGCGUGACUUGGAUCUCGUCGACUGGGAUCUGCCGUACUGGAAGCGUUUGGCGCGCUUCAACUCAUCGCCCGAUCUCAGCCGUGUGAUUGUGGGCAAGGAUGGCUUUGAGGCGAACGUCGAUGUGCAUCCUUUUAAGCCUUACGAAAUACAGGUGAAGACAGUGGGCGACACCGUGGUGGUGGAGGCGAAACACGACAAGCGGCGAGACGGUGACAAUUAUGUGGGACGGCAUAUAGUGAAACGUUUCGUCCUGCCACGUGGCUUCUAUCCGAAUGAUGUGCGUUCGGAACUUUCCUCUGAUGGCAUCUUGACCAUCAAGUGUCCACCGCCAGCGCAGGUUGAACGCAGUGUUUAUGUGCGACAGGUGGGCCUGCCAUAUUUGAGCAUUAAGAACUGAUGUGUGGCUCGAAGUGAAGACGAAAGGAUGCUUCUCUAUUUCGCAGUUGUUGUAAUUAACACCAGCAGACGCGUGUUGCAAAUUUUUGUGUUUGCCUGCACAGAAGUUGCGUACAAGGAGCAGCGAUAAGCCGUUGCUGUUGUUAAUUCUUAAUCUUAUUUGUACUAUGUGCUCGUAUUUAUAUAUAUGUAUACUCGUUUGUAUGUAUGUCUUAUAAGUUAGUGCACUACUAAAUUGCGAAGAGUUCUUUGUUGAAUUUAAUUUUUGAUUUCCUUUUUGUGAGCUAAAAAAACACUUCUGUUAAGUUAAGUAUUUGUUGUAAUACAACAACACGAACGCACCCGAUAUAUUUGCCAUUGCUCGACAUUUUUGUAAUUAACAAAUGCAAAAUAAUAUUAAAUGUAAUUGUAGUUAAAUAAAAUUAAUGUUCCAUUGA